UGCUGAAAUUAAAAAUUUGUUUAUAUAUUUAUAUCGGUAGAGAAAAAAAAAAGAAAGAUGUCAUGAUUGGCGUUUCUACGACACAAAAUAAAGUAAGAUGUCAACAAAGAUGAAGGGCCUCUUCAAAGGGCUUAGAUACAUUUCUCAAAUAUUUGAUGAUGAGCACCAAAAGGAACAACAAGACAUUCAGAUUGGGCUUCCCACAGAUGUAAAGCAUGUUUCUCAUGUAGGGUAUGAUGAAUCUAAUUCUGAAAAUUCCAAACCCACUAAAGACAAUGCUGAUGUCUCAGAAGAUUCAAAGAGAUCACAUAAGGGAAAGAAAUCCCAAGGAAAGGAGCAUGGUACAAAACCGUCGCGGCACCGAUCAACAGAAAACAAUCCACUCGACGCUACCAAGAAAACGCGUCGGAAGAAGUCCGAAGCUAACGAACACAAGCGCUCCAAAAACAAAUCCGUUGGCGGAGAUGCGGAUGGAGAUGGAGAUGGAGAUGGAGAUGCAGUUGAGUGA